UUCUAUUUGAUGUCCUAAUGGUGCUGUGGGAGAUCACAUUGGCGACAGCCUAUUGCUUAGGGCUCAAGAGGACCUAUCGCCUCGUCCUGCGCCUCCAGCGCCGCCUCCUCUCCAAGCAUCCAAGGAUCCGCGCCUUCGUCUUCAGGCGUGCUCGAGGGAUUUUUGAUGUAGCUCUCAGAGUCCAUAGAACCGUCCAGCAGCGCGACAUAGAUGCAGGCAAAAGCGUAGGGAAUCGAGUUCUUCGCUUUCUAGACCGCCUUCGACCAUCAGCCAACAUCCGCAAACACGACACUCCCGAAAACAACGCGACUAAAUCCAACCAGCCGGACGAGCCCGCGAGAAAAAACCAAUGCCGCAGCAGCAGCAGUGGUGGCGAUGGUGGUGGCCAGAAAAGCAACGUAAACUUUGUCCAGCUCUCGACGACGACCCUCUACGGAUCACACGCAGGUUUUGGAGCUCUCGCCUGGGACUUACACGCAACUCCUCGAAGAUCACUGCCUCAUAUCCUUUUGGAAAACUUCUGGGCUCCUUUGAAAGCGAAGCUCGAGUUGUCACAGCGACACCGCGGCAUUUCCUCGGCUUGUCUCCAUCGCCACAGUCCAGUGCCUUCACUUCCUGAAUUAUCCUUGGAACUGGAGGGCUCUCGCGAUUCUCCAGCGAAAUAAAUAAUAAGCCAUCUCCCAAGCCUUAGGAACAGCGUGGAGCUCGUAUAGAUUGUGACGGCCCCCCGGUUUGCAGAGACGUGUUGGAUGGACCCCACUUUGGAUGCCUUGUUAAGUUUGAGGGAUAGAAAGCCGGAGAAGGCAACAGCGGCGGCAUCAAGUAAGAGAGAGCUCUUGUGUUUGUUUUUCUUCUCAAUUCGAGAGUCUCCGAGGAGAAAAGGGAGAAGCGGUUUUCAGCAGGAAUGGCCAAGUUUAAGGAGGGGAAGAGUGCGAUGUGGAUGUUGGUUCUGAUACUGGUGAUCUUCCUUUAUUUCUCAAUCCAAACAGCAGCUCGAGAAGAAAACAUCUCAAGUGUCCACUACUGCUUUGGGGAUGAUGAGUGCUCUGUCGGUUGCAGCUGUGUUUACUACCUUCGAAGCUAUGGCCGGUGUCUCAGCGGCGUGGAGAAAGAGCAGGCUCUAUUGGCCAAGAACGCUCUCAAGCUUAAGAUCAAGUCACCGCUGCCAGAAUUAACUUCUGUUCUUGGGAAAUACUAGACGUCCUUCGACUGCUAUCCACAUUUGAGAUCUGUGAAGUAUGCUCUUUAGAGUGCCCAGAUCUGUAAUUCCCCGGGUGCGGAAUACAAGUAAAACAUGUUUUCGUCAAAAAUGUCUUCUAGACUAGCGAAUUCAGACAUAAAUAUAUCAUUUAAAAACUUCCAAUUAA